AUCCCAGCUGAUCGGUGCCGGUGAUGGCGCAGGUGGCGAGGAGGCGAUGGAUGAGGAUGAGGCAAUGGCGUCGGCGCUACCGGAGCCUGCGAAGAUCAUUGCACAGGAACCGGCCGCUGCACCUAGGGUGAUCCGCCCGAAGGGACCGUUCAAGCUGGACGAAAAUGUGAUAGCGGAUAUCGAGCGCAACUGGGUUCGGGCCGACGACCUUGGCAGAACCGUACUAAACCCGAUGGAUGAUUCCUUCAUAUACGACGAGCUGAGGGUGAUUCCUGUGAACGGCGUGGCGUAUCCGCCGGAAAAGUUCCAGCAGCUAAUCACCCGCAAUCACCUCGCCACGGGUGGUGCGGGCGGUCCUGGUAGCUCUCCAGUGCACAUUCAACACACCGUUGGCUCUGCAUCCGCGAUCCGUAGCUCGUUUGAAGGCAGCGGAAUUGUGGCGGCCGUGAAAACGAAAUCUUCUCCCGCGGCUGAGCCCAGUAUAAUUGAUGAACUACCAAAGGUACCGGACCAGAAUCUGAUGCGUAUAAUUCGUGGCAUCGGGAAUAAUGACAUUUAUGCGGCGCACGCGGCGCUGAACGAGCUUUCCGAUAUCAUGCAAUUGCCCGAAAAACAGGCCGUCCUGCGAGGCUACGAGGAGGUGUAUGUACAGAGCGUGCUGCAACAGUUUAAGAACAUCCAGCAGAAACCCCUCGUCGAUUCGAUGAGCCUCUACCACCCCCUGCUACACAGCAUUUUCCUAUUUUUCGCCUCGAAAUCGCUCGGUAAGCACCUGUCGACCGCAACGAUCAAGGGUCUCAUGACCGUGUUGCUGAAUCUGAUGGCUGACAAUCGCCUUGCGACCGGCAACGACGAUGCGACGUUUGUGAAGGUUGUGAACGGGACUUGCCUGAGGAUACUGGACCGGACCAACUUCACGAACAUGAACUGCGCUCUGAUACGGCUGCUUAAGGAAUCGUGCCAGACCAGCUGCCUGCCCAAGUUCACCGAACUGCAGAUGAAAUGCAUCUGGCGCAACGUGAAGGUGCUCCCGGAUCGGCUGGCCGAGCUGGACUACGAGGCGGUGUUGCUGGAGGUGCACGAAUUUUUGCUCGUGUUGCCGCCCUCCUGGUGGCAAGGUCGACCGACCGAUAUGCCUCUGCGCACUGUAAAGACGAUCGUGCACAAUUUGACCAAAAUUAAAGGCAACUCGAUACUGCAGCACCUCAACACGAUACCGACCCACUCGGAGCUGCACUCGUAUGUGUUGCGUAUCCUAAAGAACAUCAACAAAGACUCGGGCACUGGUACGGCAGCAUCCGCUAAUACUAGUGGUACUGGAGUGUCCGUGCAACAGAAUGUCCUAAACAGUGAUAACAACAAUCACGGUCCGCGUAGUAUGAUGUUGGUGAUGGGAGGCGGAGGAGAUGGAAAUGGUGAUGCGACCGGUGGUGCCGAAUAUCAGAAGUACAUCACAACGGACCCCAGCACAGCGGCUGCGGAAGGCGGCACACAGAAUAAACAGAAUCCCGACUAUUGGAUGGACAAACUGAGUACCAUGCUGAAAAAAUCAUCAGUUAAUAGCGGCCAACAUCAUCCCCAUCUGCGCGGCUCCAGUGCAAUGCUGGUCGGUGCAACCGGUACGCCGUCACAUUUGAUGGAUGGUUCGCCAACCGGGGUGUCGGUACCAGCGGGUUCAGGCAUUACUGAUGAAAACCUGAAUCUCAAUCAGCAACACGCCGCCAAGUUCGCACUGAGGCGUGGUCUUGACGAAGGUGUCUACACCGGCGCUCCCCUGAGCAGUACCGGAACGACUUCGCAGCGACGGGAACUCUUACAGCAGAAACUUGAGCAGCUCAAGCAGCAUAAAUAGCUGGCAGCGAAAGCGGAUGUAGUAUGUAGCGUGGAGAAGGACAGUGAGUUUGAGUAGGGGAACCAUCAAACGUACUAUUUCCUCCAACCCCCGCGUGUUCCGUUUUGCAAAACAUUUUACUCGUGUUGUACUGGCUGGUUCACGUUUGUUUUGCGUUAUGCUAUGAUCACACCGUAUCGUUAGUCAUUUAAGACCGGUCUCUCUGCGUAUCUCUCUCACACUCCAUUAAUACUCAUCAGGUAUUCAAGCAAAACACACCAACAGUGUACAAGCAAACAAAUUCCAAACAGUGGUGUGAAUCCGCAUGAAAUCUAACAGUUUAUUUGUUCGGGCAUACCUUAAGAAGACAUCAGCUAGGGCCCAGCCCAGUUGAGUAGAACUUGGACUUGUUGUAGAGGGUGCGCAAGAGAGGAUUCUCCUCGUGGCAGAUGGCAUCCCGAAUCGCACAGACAUUUUAGCCCUUGUCACUGACUGAUUAAUCGUUUUUUUUUAAAUCGUUUUGCUUGUUAACAUUUACCAACAUAACUCUCUACACAUGUCAUCAGCGCAUCAUCUUCAUCGCACGUUAUUCUUGUGUUUUGUCUUAGAGGCAUCUGCAUCUGUGCCUACUACCCAUCCCUUCCCACUGUCGGUGGCUGCAACUUUGGGGCCCCUACGUGGAACUACGUGAAACUACGUGUUUUCGUUUUAACUUAUUAUAGCUAGUAGAGUGCGAAUUAAUAUCGAAUAGAAAGAGGCACAGGAUGAGUGAAGCUAUAUAGACAUACCCAGAAUAAUUUACCUCCUUUUUGAAUAACGGACUUAAACUGUGGAUGGUAAAUGUGUGGUUUAAGUUUUGUUCGGUAUGUUUAGCUGUGUGUUCUCACUAUCGAGACUGAUUUCGCGCGUCUUGAUGCUCCUCUAUCCAACGCUAGUUAGCAGCAGAGAGUCUCGAAUCAGUUUGAAAAGACAUAAAUACACACACACAAAGACACAGACGACAUACUGACUCGAAAGAAAACGCAGGUUAUUAGGCUUAUGUAGAAGAAGAAGGUAAACUCAAAUAUCUAACUAGCACAGAUUGUUCGGCAUGUUUGUUUUUUUAAUGUGCUUACUCAACUCGUUUUACCCACACAGUACUGACGGGUCGAAGACUCGUGAUCGUUACGGUAUUAUAUCAACCAUCAGGGCAACAGAACUAGUAGAGGGGAAGAUAACGGGGAGAAAAUCUUCUGCUUUGUUAUGUUUCGUUAUUUCGAGAAUUCUCUGCCCUCUGCGCCUUCCCCAAAAUACGCAAGGUGUGUUGUUGUUUACCACGGGUAACCACUACCGCCACCGAGGUGCAGUUUGUAGAUCGAAUUGUUGCCGUUCCUCAGUUGCGGUCGUUUUUGCGGAUUGGAUUGCAGUUUGGUAGUAGCAAAAUUCGUAAAAUUAAAUACAAUAGUAUAAAAUGAUUAAGGACACGCUAAUGAUGGCUCCCACUUGCCCCUCCCCCCCCCCCCCCCGCACACUACGGAAAGGCAGGGAAAGAAGAGAUCAUGAACUCGGUUUAUAUACAGGAUCCGGGGGAGAAAACGAUGUUACGGAUACAUGGCGCAGCGGUCACUCCCCUAACUAAAAACAAUUGCUUAACCUGAGGAAAAUAAAACCACAACUAUAUUUAAAUGACAUUAAUUCAUUUCAAACGAUUGGUGUUUGCUUUAU